UUCUCUUCUCUCCCUAGAGUUCUUCCUCGUUCCCUUCUCUCUGUAAAAGUUCCCUCCUUGCUUCGAUUCCGAUCUAUAUAAGGAAAGCCCUCGCCACCUCUCUAGAUUCGCUCCUCAUUUAUAUCAAAAGGACCCCUUUAUGGAUACGUUGUUGUUCGAUUCAAUCACGGUGAAGAAGAACAACGACGAUAACAACAAUUUGCUGCCUUGUUCCCCUUUCGUUCAAUCUCACCCAUCCGAUUCCCAGUUUCCGAUCAUUAGUCAACCUUGUAUCUCUUUCUAACCCUUGCUUUCUGGAGCCGUCAGCCUGUCACCAUGGGUAAAAGGAGUUCACAACGGAAGAGUGCUGCGAUGUUAGAUAGCGAUACAGAUAGUGUGAGUUCAUCCUCGACUGCUCGCUCAGAAAUGUUGGUGUCUAGUGGGGAGGAAGUUCACCUUGAUAAGGACACUCUUCUUGAUCAAUGCUUAGAUGCCCUUUACGAGAAAAGGGGAGCUACAAGAGAGAAGGCGUUGGCAUCGCUCAUAGAUGCCUUUAAUAGCAGCAUGCAACAUGAAUAUGUUGAAAAGAAGUUUGCAACGAUGCUGCAUCAAUGUCUUAAUUCCAUUAAGAAAGGAUCCUCGAGGGAGAUAGCCUUGGCGUCUCAUUUUAUUGGACUUUUGGCUUUGACUACUGGCCCUGGGAAUAAAGCACAAGAGAUAUUGGAAGAGUCAAUCACUCCUAUUUCAGAAGCUCUCAAAUCUCGUUCCGAUGCUUCUAAGAUAUCAGCGCUACUGGAGUGUUUGGCCAUUAUCACCUUUAUUGGAGGCGAAGAACCUGAGGAGACUGAGAAGUUGAUGCAAUUGAUGUGGCAAAUCAUUCAUCCAAAACUGGGUCCUAAUGUGUCUUCCGCUAAACCUUCAUCACCAAUUAUAACAGCAGUAGUGUCUGCAUGGACCUUCCUUCUCACUACUAUGAACGGAUGGACUCUUAAUCCCAAAAGUUGGCAAGAGUCCAUCUCGUACUUCUCCUCUCUGCUAGACAAGGACGAUAGAUCUGUACGCAUUGCAGCUGGUGAGGCGCUUGCUUUGAUUUUUGAAGUUGGGAACUUGGAAAAGUUUGCUGGUGAAGCGAAAGGAUCUGGUGACGGCUCCACAGAUGAAGGGACCAAAUCUCGAGAAUUAGUACAUAUCCAGGGGUUGAGAUCUAAAGUUCUGAACCAAGUAAGAAGUCUUUCGAUAGAGGCAGGAGGUAAAGGGUCUGCCAAGAAAGAUCUCAACAGUCAAAGGAACACCUUUCGAGAUAUUCAGGAGUUCCUUGAGUAUGGAUAUAGUCCGGAGACCUCUAUGAAGAUUGGUGGGGAGUCCUUAGACACUACUACAUGGGGUGAACUCAUUCAGCUCAACUUCUUAAAACAUUUCCUUGGGGGUGGAUUUGUAAAGCACAUGCAGGAAAAUGAAUUCCUUCAAGAUGUUUUCAGCUUUACACCAAAGAAAAAAAUGUUUUCAGGUGCUGAACACCGUGUAUCUGGAACUGAAAAGAGGUUAUACAAGUCGCCGAACUCGGUCCUGAACAAGGCAAGGACUCAGUAUUUGAACAAGCAAAGGAUGUUAUCUCAGGACAGGAAUGUUGGUUACUAUACAGCUGGAGAUGAGGCCUGAAAGACUCAAGGAAUUUUGCAUGUAAUGCACCCCAGUUGUGUGGAUUAACUAAAUACAGAAUAUAAUUUGUUUAGUGUAUUGUACAUUUGGAAAUUUGAUCAAUUCUUGAUACCUGAUAAUAAUAAGAUUAUUUCGACUCAGUUUUUAUUUUUA